GGUAACCCGAUCAGGCAAAGGUGCAGGCUCCUCUCCCUGCUGCGCUGAUGCCUGCUGCCGUCCUUCAGGUUUUAUCAGGCUGUGAAUGAGUUUGACACCAUGACUGCUGAGGAUUCCACUGCAAGGAUGAGCAAUGAUUCCACUAAUGUGGCCACCACAAAAGUGCCCGAAGGCGUUGCCGGUGCGCCCAACGAGGCGGCUCUGCUGGCCCUCAUGGCCCGCACUGGGUACAGCAUGAUCCAGGAGAACGGGCAGCGCAAGUACGGAGGGCCUCCUCCCGGCUGGGAGGGCCUGCACCCGCCGCGGGGCUGCGAAGUCUUCGUGGGCAAAAUCCCCCGCGACGUCUACGAGGAUGAGCUGGUCCCCGUGUUCGAGUCUGUGGGCCGCAUCUACGAGAUGCGCCUGAUGAUGGACUUCGAUGGGAAGAACCGUGGCUACGCCUUCGUGAUGUACACCCAGAAGCACGAGGCGAAGCGCGCCGUCAGGGAGCUGAACAACUACGAAAUCCGCCCCGGCAGGCUGCUGGGCGUCUGCUGCAGCGUGGAUAACUGCCGGCUCUUCAUCGGAGGCAUUCCCAAGAUGAAGAAGAGAGAGGAGAUCCUGGAAGAGAUUGCCAAGGUGACAGAAGGCGUGCUGGAUGUCAUCGUGUAUGCCAGCGCCGCAGACAAGAUGAAGAACAGAGGCUUUGCCUUUGUGGAGUAUGAGAGCCAUCGAGCAGCAGCCAUGGCCAGGAGAAAACUCAUGCCAGGAAGGAUCCAGCUGUGGGGACAUCAAAUUGCUGUUGACUGGGCAGAACCAGAGAUAGAUGUGGAUGAAGAUGUCAUGGAGACUGUUAAAAUCUUAUAUGUGAGGAAUUUAAUGAUUGAGACCACGGAGGACACCAUUAAAAAGGUGUUCGGUCAGUUUAACCCUGGCUGUGUAGAGAGAGUGAAAAAAAUCCGUGAUUAUGCCUUUGUGCACUUUACAACCAGGGAAGAUGCCAUUCAUGCCAUGAACAACCUCAAUGGUGUUGAACUAGAGGGCUCGUGCCUGGAGGUUACCUUGGCCAAGCCUGUAGACAAGGAGCAGUACACUCGCUACCAGAAAGCAGCAAAAGGAGGGGCUGCAGCAACCUCCGAAGUAACGCAGCAGCCUAACUAUGUUUACUCUUGUGAUCCAUACACACUAGCAUACUAUGGAUAUCCAUACAAUGCCUUGAUCGGGCCAAACAGAGAUUACUUUGUGAAAGCAGGCAGCAUACGAGGCAGAGGGCGAGGUGCAGCUGGCAACAGAGCUCCGGGUCCCAGGGGCUCCUACCUGGGGGGAUACUCCGCCGGCCGUGGAAUCUACAGCAGGUACCAUGAAGGCAAAGGAAAGCAGCAAGAGAAAGGAUUUGAACUGGUUCCCAACUUGGAGUUACCUGCAGUCAAUCCAGUGGCCAUUAAGCCUGGUGCAGUGGCCAUCCCUGCCAUUGGUGCCCAGUACUCCAUGUUUCAGGCCGCACCACCAGCCAAGAUGAUGGAAGAUGGCAAAAUCCACACUGUUGAGCACAUCAUCAACCCCAUAGCUGUCCAGCAGGACCCAGCUAGUGCAGCAGCUGCCGCAGCGGCCGCAGCCGCAGCUGUAAUACCAGCUGUGUCAACACCUCCUCCCUUCCAGGGCCGCCCCAUCACGCCGGUGUACACCAUGACUCCCGGCGUGCAGCGCAUCCCUGCCGCCGGCAUUUACGGGACAAGUUACGUGCCCUUCGCCGCGCCCGCGGCGGCCACGGCCACAAUAGCCACGCUACAGAAGAACGCGGCCGCCGCCGCCGCCGCCUACGGGGGCUACGCCGGCUACAUCCCGCCGGCAUUCCCGGCCGCCACCAUCCAGGUGCCCAUCCACGACGUCUACCCCACGUACUGACACUGUCGGCGGAGGAGGGUGCUGGGGAAACACACACUGAAGGAACACUUUACUAUUUAUGAAGAAAGAACUGUCCGCGAAAGAGUAAACAUUUGGGCUUGGUAAAACAAUGCAGAAAGUGAAGAAUGUCAUAGAAAAACGUGUUUGAAAUAUUUUCUAUGCUUGAAGUUUUCACUAACUUUUUUUAGGCUAUUUUUAAAAAUUUAACAUGCCUGUAUUCAUACAUUUCCAAAGGACCUCGGUGCAUCCAGCCCACCACUGACAUGCAUUUUUAUGCACUGCAGUAGGGUUGCAUAGGGUCUUUUUUUUUUUUUUUAGCAGUUAUAUUUUCAAUAUAUUUGUGGUAUGAAGGUUUUUUUUAGUAAUUUCUGCACUCCAGAGAUGUCUAUUUUGUAGUGCCUUUAAUAAUAUAUCAGCUAUAUAUUAAAAAGCACA